AUGGUUAACCGCUACAUCUUCGCCGUUGCCGGUCUGGCCGCUCAGCUCAACGCCCUCCCCUUGAACAUCAACCUUGGUGCUUAUUCUCCUGCCUUGGUGGUGGGUGAUGGUGAAAUUUCAUUUGGCGGUAAAAGCGACGUCUCUCAAUUGAUGAACGUAUUGGAGGGCGCGGCAGUUAAUGCUGCUCAAGGUGCUGCGAACGCCCCGGCCGCCGCCCCCGCUGCUCCGGCUGCACCGCAACAGCCUCAGCAGCCUCAGCAGCCCCAGCAGCAGCCUGCUGCUCAGGCCCAAGGCGGCGCUAUUCCCGUUUCCGCUACUUCGUCGAAUAACCAGGUCAAUGAGGCUCAGGCUAUUGCAGCCCUCCAGGGCAUGGGCAAGGAGAUCGCUCCGCGCGUCCAGCUCACCAAGACCCGCGCCGCCGGCGACAAGAGAGACCUGUCCGGUUUUGACCGCGCCCUGAAGUUCGCUGAGGUUGCCCUUACCAAGGGACCCAAGAUCCAGCUCGGCACCGGCCAGGAGGGCUCUGGCGUCGGUAUGAUCAUCGACAACAACCAGGAAGCCGCCGCCCGCCCCGGCACCGGCACUGGAGGCGGCGCCGAGGCCCGUCCCCCAGCUCAGGGUCAGCCCGCCCAGGGCCAGCCCGCUCAGGAGGGCCAGCGCCCCGCGGGUUCCAUCGUCGCUCAACAAAAGGUCAAGGCCCGCUCUGAUGAGGCCCAGCAGCCCCCCCGCCGCCGUGCCAAGGUCACCACCAUGUACGUCCGCUCCGGCGUUCCUGAGGGCGUUGCGAUGACACCCGAGAAGCUCGUCGCCCGUGACCCCUCCGUCCCAGUGGCCCAGGUCGUCCCCGCCACCUCCAACAACGUUGUCAAGCGCGCGCAGGAGGAGCUGGCCGCGCGAGGCGUCAGCGCCGGCGCCAUUGACACCGUCAACCUGAACGUGAGCGGCGAGGGCGUCACGAUGACUUUUGUCGAGACCCAGGCCGACGACGUCGAAGAUGAGCAGUAA